AUCCUGACCGAUUUCCCUCAUCAGCCCUGACCUUUCUGAUCCUGCCAUCCUAGAGGUGGCAUCAGCGCCAGUGCAGAGACAUGGACACUGUGGUUCAGGGCCUUUUGGAGACAUUGCUCUUGGGGUGUGGGAGGACUGCCCAGGGCACAGCUGCCCCUCUGCUGAGUGACCCUUUUGGCUGCCUCACCACUGCCUCCACUCCCACUUGCUCUGCCUGGGUGGUGAGGCAUGGCCUGCUUCUGAGGUGGGUUAGCAGGAAUGUAGGAGAACUGACCAUCAUCACCAUCUGUACUAUUACCAUGAUAGUCACCACUGUUUAUUGACAUCGGAUAUCUGCCAGGCACCUGCCAGUUUCUGUAUAUUCCUCAGGUGAGGGAUGUGUAACUUAAUAGCGUCCUGGACCCAUAGGGACCUGGCAGGAUUUGAACCCAGCACUUCAGCUCUGGCACUCCUGCUCCCUGGAGGACCAGCUUGGAAGAGCUUGCACAGCAGAAGAUGCCUGAGCGUCACAGCUGCGCAUCGUGUUCUCCGUCCGCUGCUUCGGGAGGCGUGAUGUUGGCUUGUCCAUCGCUGAUGCUGCUGACUCAGGUCUAUCGGUUAAGCUCCAUGAGAAGGCGGCGGCCCUCCCCUCUGUAAGAAGAUGUCAUAUGGAUCCAUCACUGGCAGCAGCGGGCUGGAGAGCUGUGGCCCUUUUGGGGGACCCUCAAGACAAGACUAUCAGCCCCUAGAGUACACUAAAUGUUGGAUGGAGUAUGGAAUCUGCCAUUUCCCCUGCUCGUCGCCAGAGAGCAACCUGCAGGACCCCUGUGUGGGCAAGGACAAGACUUGUGAUCUAGGAUCAUCAGGCCCAAGGGCCAGGAAGCAAGGGCCAGGGGCUGUCCCUGAAGGCUGAGGGAUGCCGGAGCCCACCUUGUUACCCACUGCCAGCCUGAGGAAGGAUUCGGUAGCCAGGGCCCAUGGCCAGAUGGUGGGGCCCAGCACCUCCUGGGCCAAGAAGAGGAAGCCCAACUUUUGUCCGCAGGAGACAGAGGUGCUGUUGUCCAAGGUCAGCAAGCACCACUAGCUGCUGCUCAGCUCAGGGCUGCUGAAGGCUGAGCCGACCCGCAGGUACCGCGUGUGGAGCCACGUUCUGCAGGCUGUGAAUGCGCUGGGCUACUGCCAGUGCGACCUCAUGGAUCUCAAGCACAAGUGGACCCGCUUGCCAUUGUGCAAACUGGCUGACCUGUAGGACAGCCCCAGGCCCUGGCCUCAUGCCUUGGAGCAGAUGGUGGCCAAGACCUUUUGCUAGGCCCUGCCCUCCGGGGGCUUUGUCUUGGAGCCACCCAGAGCCACCCAAGUGGACCUGAGGGACCUGCAGGAGCUGUUCCAGGAGACGGUAGCCAGUGUCUUC